AUGUUCGCGGGCUUGAGGUCUCGGUGGAUGAUGGAUUUGGGCUUGGCCUCGUGGAGGAAGACGAGUGCAGAGGCCACCUCGUGGGCGAUUCGAAAGCGGUCGGGCCAUGGGAGUGGGGGAGUGGAGUUCUUCCGGAAGAUUCUGUCCUCGAGGCUGCCGUUUUCCAUGAACUCGUACACGAGGCAGCUGUGUUCGGGGCAGGCGCCGAGGAGGAUUAGAAGGUGCGGGUGGCGGAUCUUGCUCAAGAUCUCCAGCUGUAAAUCGGAGAAAAGAGAGAUCCCAUACGCUCCCAUCCCGAUUUUAAGACUAUCAGAAAAGGAUGACGUGGCGGACACAAUUUCUUUCCACAUUAAUUUCCUCCUCCACACGGCGUUUUUCGAGUUCGCUAAGCUGAGCGAUAACAAGAAAGUGAAAAUAUAA